AUUUAAUCCAUUGUGACAACAGAAUUAAUAGAAACCUACCGUCUAAGGCUGUUAAGUCUGAUUUCCCCGAAUGAAGAGAUCUAAUUGUGCUCAGUACAAAACGCUCUAUUCACUUUAUCGCUGCUGAUGACUUUUGGGAUUUAGUGCAACAAUAACCGUUUUAACAGAAUCCAGCGAAAUGUGUCACAUUAAUAACUAAAAUGAAUCUGGUGGUUUUGACCAAGAAGAUUUCAAAACAGCAAAGAGGUUUAAUUGCAAGAGAUUUAUUGUUAGAAAUAAGGCCAAAUAUAUGCAUAGCCCUUGCAUUCAGAUUGGUCUCAUUAUAAAUAAUAUAAAUUAACUGCUGUACAAAAUGGUACCAAGUGACUUUCCAUUGCCCCCAACUAUACAACAUUUCUGACAGCGCAUACUUUUCUCACAAAGAUCCCAAUUUAUUCAGUACAUGCUUCACGUUAUGAUAUAGCCCAUCACAAGCAACAGAAGCUUGCACAGGAACAUUAAAUGCUUCUUUUUACCACAGAUAAUGCAACACGUUUAGAAGUCCAUCCAGUCUCACUAAGGAGUUCUAGUUGCUGUUUCAGGCACAAUACUUUGGACGCACAUGUGAGUUUAGUGUAAGAGAUGAACCUAAAAACACAGAUGUGACUCAUCCAUAAAUGUGGGUUGCCUCCUUUCUUUAGAGUUAUUUAAACUUUUUCCAGAUGUAUGGCGGUUUUUUGUCUUUUGCACUCUCUGCUUCUAUCUCAGGCCUCGGUAGCCGCUUAACCCUACAUUUCACAGCGCUACUAUAAUUGCUCCUCAUAAGUGUGCUGCGUGUGUGACAUGUUGCCGAUACUUUGCUGCGGCCCUUGUAGGAAUCUCAAAGGCAUUUGACAGUUCAGUGCUACUUCGUGUAGAGACACUUGGUGCUAUGACAGAACUCACUGUGGCAAUAUUUGACAUGGAAAUGUCUGUUUUUUUCACCCUCCCUCACAUCUUUGUCACCUGUGAAUGUUGUAGUCCACCCAUACUUUGUGUGGUUUCUACUGGUGAACAGGCUAACACCUAACAUUUGGGUAUUCCUUUCAACAGCAGGAGGAAGUUGACAAUUCUUUGGAAAGACUUGGAUGUUUAGUAGUGUAUGUUUUUGGACAACAUGAGGCACUCCAUACUGAAGGGAUUCCUGGUGGUUUUGCUAACACAACACAGCACAUCUGAAGACAUGUCUGCCCCCAUUCAGUUCCCAACUGAGGCUGCCUACCAAGAUGGCCAGACCUUUCUCCAGGAACCAGAAAUUGUGCCUUUAGUGUCCACUCCCAGCUUGAAGGACGUUCAGCAGGCAAUGCAAGAAGUCUCAGAGCAAGUGAAGGACCGUGGAGCAGAAGAAGUGUUAAAAGAACUGCUUGAGAGGGUGGUAGAGGCAGCUCUGGGUCAGAUGGAAGCAGCUGUUCAAGAAAAAGAUAUGGCUGUGGAGAAGGAAGGGGUAGAAGAAGAUGCUCAGGGAGAGAGGGAAGCUGAGGAAGAACCUGAAACAUUGGAACCACUCCAAGACGGGACGAAUAUGACUCUUGAGAUAGGAGAUAAUGGUUUUGAGAAGAGUGAGGUAGAAGCAAGGGUGGAUACAUUUAUAAAUGUAGCUGGAGGGGGUAAAGAAGUUGUCAAGGAAGAAGGGGAAAAAGUAGCUGGAUCUGUUGAAGAGACGACAGACAGAGCAGCAGUGAGUUUGAAGGUUACCGGUGAGUCAUUAUUGGAAACUAUAUUAACUCAAGAGGCGGUGGAUGGAGCCUUAGAGGAGACAGAAGGGGAUUUAGAGGCUGCGAAGAAGGACAGCGAGGAGCAGGUUGUGUUGAUAGUUCUAAAGAAUGCAACUGAAAGAGAAACACAGGAUGGAGAGGAAACACCAGCUACUGUGGAGGUGGCAGUGGGCGUACAGCCAGAGCAGGAAAAAGAGGAAGAAUCUAAAGCUGGCCUUGGAGUGGCUGAUGAAGAACAGAUAGAGAAUAGCAGGAGAAAGGAAGCAGCUCUGCUUGAGAUAAGUCACACAGACCACACAGAUGGAGGGAAAGCAUUACUUCAUCCUAAUGAUCAUGUAAUACAAAUAAAACCCGUCUUUGGAGAACCGAUAAAAGAGGAGAGAGCGGCCAGGAGAGAGGAGAACGUGGAUGGACUAGAAAAACCUGACGACAAUGGCUUAGUGGAGACAGAAAAGGCAGAAGCAGAAGGUACAGAUUUAAGGACAGUAACAGUAGAGGCAAAAUAUGGUGAGGUUGUAAUCAAGGAAGGAUCAGUGGCCGUGGUGGCUGAAGGAGGUGACAAUGCUGGAGAGGAGGAGCAAAUUGCUUUGGAGGAUUCAGAGGACAAUAAAGGGGAUCAAGCGGCAAUGGUGAUCGCUGGUCCACAAUCUGAAGAGAGUAAGAAAGACUUCGCAGAAAAGAGACCUGAAAACCAACCCUCUACCCCAAACCCAUUAUUUGUUGCUGGUACAACUGAAGAUAAUACUCUCAUUGAGGUGAAAUCUAACCAUCAGAGCAGGACCAUCACCUCAAAUCCUGGAUUUUUGCCACACAACCAUGGCAGGAUCCAGCCCACACUAGAUAAGUUUGAAAACAAUGUUUUUGCUGAAUAUCAUCAGGAAGAAGGAGAGAAACCGAAUGGAAUCAGGGACCCAGUGGAAGUUACACCUGGAAAAACAGAUAAGAAUGAGCAAGGCCUCGAGGCAUGGAAGACUGGCGCUAUUUUUACUGCAGUCUUCUUGGUUUUGGAGACCGUCGUCAUCAUUAUCUACGUCCUCAAAUGUCGGAACAAGAAAAGCACACCAGCAGCCGUGCAGCGGGCUUGUGAGGAAGCGUGUGUUGAACCAGAGACAGAGAUGGGAGGCGACUGCAGUGACGACACUCUGACAGAAGACAACGAGAACUCUCAAGAGAUAACCAGACUCGACCCAUCUGAUGUGGCUUCAGCCUUGGCCAUAGAAAGGGAAAAGCAAAUAGAUGGAGAUGUAGUAGGCAUGUUGAACUGCUCACCAAGCUCCACAGAGAUGCUGCCCAGUCCAGGACCAGGAUCAGACUCUUUACAAGACAUCAGGACUCCCAUAUAAGACACCCAUUUCUUUUCUUUUGCU